AUGUUGAGCAGACUUUCGAACGUUUCUUCCGAUGAUUUGGUAUCUUUUAUGGCAUUGAGUUCAAGUGAAAGUGACACUCACACAACAAGCACCACAUCAUCGGUUACCAUUUCGGGAUCGACUAAGCGAAGAAGGAUCAAGACGAAGAUUCCUCGGACCCGGCCUCAUAUCCGAGUUUAUCCCAAAUUAUUCUCAGUUUUGACGGUGAUCUCAGUUCUGAUCGCUUUUUUCACCGGUUAUUUUUUGGCUGCGAUACAGCGGAGAACUGACUGGUUUUUGCCAUACAUCAGGUAAGAUUUUCGGAUUUCACUUUGCGUAAUCAAACUCGUUUUUUCAGCGAUGGCGGGGCAUUUUCUCCAGAGGCCAAUAUUUUCGGGAUCUUCCUUUGUUCCGGUGGAUUUUUCUGUAAGUUUUUAAUGCCCAUUAGAUGAAAAAUGACGUGGUGUUGAUAGAACAGGGAUUGUAAAGAUUAAAUUUGCACAUCAGUUACGAGUUUUUUCUUCAAAAAUGUCUGGAUUUCCAAGUAUGGCCGAUCAAUGAUAGAUCAUAUAAAGGCGUCGAGAUAGACUUUCGCGAAAGAAGUUGAAACAUCAAAUUCAAUUCUCCGGUUUCUGUCUAGUCUCCAUUCCAUUCUACAUAAUAGGAGUUUUAGUUGCCAUAAUGCAAUAUAAAAAUUAUGAUGAAGAAAAAACAAUUUGUUGGCUUUGUCAUCAAGAUAGUUAAAGUUGAUUCUCGAAAAAAACUUGCCCUUACAAGGGAUCGGCAAAUAGUUGCAACCUUUAAUCUCAACGAAACCUAUAUCAUUUGAAAGAGCGUGAAAAGUUGUGUAUACUGAAGAAAAAAUUAGCUGCCUAAUUUAUGUUUGGGCAAAGUUAUGGCCAAAAUACAAAUGUUAGCCUAAUUUCACCCGUCGCUUCAUAAGCUCUUGGAAUUGCAACGGAGUUGUGUAGAGUUGGCCGAGUGGUAAUGAGCUCACUUCCGGCGCAACAAGACCUGGUUUCGAAUCCAGGCUCAGCAAAGCUUUUGCAUAUCAUCUCUUAUAUGCCGCAAAACCAUGGUAUGUUGAUAUUUUUAAACAAUUUUUGUUCCUCCGAUGACAAAGUCCAUAUUUACGGGAUUUUUCUGAGUUUUUGGUUUUUUUUGAAACGACCACAAAUUUGAUGGUGAUCAGGGUGGGGAUGCCAUUAUCGUAUAAUUACAAGGGUCUCACGCCACUAUCCUGACCGAUUAUGAUUACUGUACGAUAAUUCAAUUUACAAUGACCUAUAAUCAUACAUUUUUUCGAAAAAAUACGAAGAGAAAAUUGUAAAAUCGGCCAAAGACAGUAUUGCUGACACAGUGGACCAACCAUUGGUAAGGCUAGGACAUAAGAAAUUUUCGAUUUUGAAAUUUUCGUUUGUGAAUGACCACGACGAUCAUAUAAAUGUAUUUCCAAAGCUUUUUGCUCCGAUUUUCCCAUUAACCUAGUUUUAUUUACAAUUUUUUGUAAAUAGCAGUAAUGUAUAAUAACUCAUAACCGAGGGUUGGUAGAGCUAUAAGCCGACUGUAAUAGACGUUUUUGGAUACUAAGAAAUUAUGGAGAAAAUUUCAAGCCGCCAGGAUUACUGCAAUAUAAGAAACCGGCGUUUUGGCCGCAUAUAACCCCUUUAAUAAAACGGCCAUAACUUUGCCCAAACAUAAAUUAGGCAGCUAAUUUUUUCUUCCAUAUACACAACUUUUUACGCUCUUUCAAAUGAUAUAGGUUUCGGUAAGAUUAAAGGUUGCAACUAUUUGCCGAUCCCUUGUUAAUUGCAAAAGAAACUAAAUUCAUUCCGAUUUCUCUUCAGGGGUUUGCACAGUCUUCUUUGUGCAUAUCAGGAUCAAUAUGCAUAUUCGAUCCAAUCAGCAUCACAUAAUUCCGCUCUUUCAAAGAUUAGUCAUCUACUUCAUGGACAUCAUUGGAAUCUCCAGUGGAAUCGGCGUUGUAAUUGUUGGAUCAGUCCCUGUAGGUAAUAAAACAUCUCAGAAAACUUCUUUUAUAUCCUAAUCCAUCUGUUUCAGGAGACCAUCAACAUAACUUACCAUUUCUUUGGGGCGCUCUUGGCCUUUGGCGGAGGAGUGCUGUACCUUUGGGUUUUUGUCAUUCUGACCAUGAGAUUGAAACCAGAAUACGCACCAAGAUGGCUGAGUAUCCUGCGGUUGUCUGUGGUGAUUAUCUCCACAAUAUCAUUCAUUACUCCGUUUACAAAUUUCAUUCCGAGAUAUUAUGAAAAUGGGACCAGAAUUCCUCGGCCCUUUCCCACUAAACCUGGCCAAAUUCAGCGUUAUCCAUGGGGAUCUGCGGUAAGGUGUGGUUACUGAUCAGUUCGAAGAUAUUUAAACAGCUUUUCAUCCCAUGAAAUAAUAUGUUUUUUUCAGACGCACUCGCUUUACCUCCUGAACACAGUCUUCGAAUGGAUUAUUGGCCUCUGCUUUGUUUUCAUGAUUUUUACGAUGACUUAUGAACUGAAUUCAUUCAGUUUGAGCACCACGGGACUGAGAGAAAAGUAUUAUCGACAUCAUCGAGAAACAUUGAGAGAGAUUCGACGGCAACUGAGAGGAUCGAAGAAAGUUCAAAGUUCUGACGACUGA